UUGUUUUGACGGCAGCAAAAUAAAAUAUUUUGUUGAUUUUAUAACUUGAAUUUAUUUUUCCACCGCCAAUAUUUUAAUUAAAUUUCCAUAACAAAAUGAAAAAUUUAAAGCUAAAAUACAUAAAAUCAUUCAACACAAAACUUGCAAAUCCAAAAUUUAUAGUUUUGGAUUCGAGUGGUGUAAAAAAGAAUACAAUUUUCCUUUGCACCGAGACAGAACUUUUCUCAUGCAAUCUUCAAAACGAAGUUUUUGAUUUGAUCACUGAUGCAACAGGAGUUAUUUCUUGUGAAUAUUUAUCACUUGAAAAUCAAAUUUGUAUUGCCACCGAAACUGGCGAGGUACUUCUCAUUAAUCCAGAAACAAAAUCAUCCACCGAAGUUACUUUCUGCGAUGGUGGAAUCGAAAAAAUGGUCUGGUCACCAGAUCAGGAGGUGGUUGCUUUUGUUACAACUGCUCGCAAUGUUGUCGUCAUGACAUGUACUUUCGAUCCCAUCUCUGAAGUUAAGUUAGAUGAUAGUGUCUUUGGGGAGAAUGAAUUCAUAACUGUUGGAUGGGGAAAAAAAGAAACCCAAUUUCAUGGGUCAGAGGGUAAAACUGCUGCUAAACAAAAGACAGAUUUUAGUGUCCCAGACAAUAUUAAAGAAUUGCCACAAGAUAUCGAUAUAACUUGGAGAGAAGAUGGACAAUUCUUUGCUGUCACUUUUGUUGGGCCACAUGGAAGAAUGUUCAAAGUUUUCGAUAAAGAGGGUGCUCUAAAAUUCACUUCAGAAAAGAUGAAUGAUUUAUGGCCAGCUAUUGCAUGGCGACCAUCUGGUACAUGGAUUGCAGUACCACACAAAUUCCCAAACAAAUCAACUAUUGCUUUAUUUGAGAAGAACGGUUUAAGGCACCGUGAGAUUGUACUUCCAUUUCAAUUUGAUGUCGAGCCGGUUGUUAAUUUGAAAUGGAAUUCGGGUUCUGAUAUAUUAGCCAUUGAAACUAGGUUGGGUGGGAAGAGUGUUGUAUAUUUGUACACUAUUGGUAACUAUCAUUGGUAUCUGAAGCAAACACUUCGAUUUGAGAGUACUUUGUCGGCUUUUGUUUGGGACAAUAGAAUUGGGGAGGAAAAAACAAUGCAUGUGAUUUUGGAGAAUGGGACUUUUGCACAAUACAGCUGGAAUUAUAAAAUCGAUAGUAACCAAAAGGAGUUGGAAAACCUCACCGUCGAUGAUCGCGCUUUAGUUGCAGUAAUUGAUGGCAAACGUCUCCUUAUCACCGAUUUCCGCAAAGGAAUUGUUCCACCACCAAUGAGCAGCCUUGAAUUCCUUUGUGAAGAUUACAUCAAUCAGUGUGUGUUUUUGAGUGAACCCAAUUUAAAAGACGGCAUUAUAUGUUUUCUGAUAAGCAAUGCACAAAACGAUGUCCUCCUUUAUAGUUUGUCAAGCUCAAACGAUAUAAAGCCAUGUGACAAAUUUACUCUUCCACCCAGUAAUGUGCCAUUAAGUCGUCAUAAUUUAAUUUGGCCAUGUUUAAGUGACAUUCAUUUUGUACAAAAUAUUGGAGCCAAGUCAAAGAUUGGUUUACUUGAAACAUUUAAAAAUACUGAGACGAUUGUAAAAGAGGUAAAUGAAACAAUAUGUGGCCUUGAGAUUUUGGAUAAAAAUCAUAUUCUAGCGCAUUCGAUUUCUGGAAAAAUACUAAAAAUAUCUACUUUAAGAAAUGCCAGCGAAGCUAAGAUUUUCUGUGAUCCUGGUCAACUUUGUGAUAAAAUUGAAUAUUUCAAACGCAACACUGUAAAUGGUGUGGUAUCUUUAGAUAUCCAUCAAUGUCUUCGAUUUAAUUCGAAAACCUUAUCUACCGAUGUGACAUCGUUCCACAUAACUGAAAACUAUUUAGUCUUCACUCAAUUAACCGUAAUGAAGUUCAUGACACUAAGUGACUGGAAGAUCAUCAAUGAGCGUAAAAUCGAACGUGGAGCAAAAAUAGUCAUAAUCCUUCCACACGGAUCACUGACAAUUCUUCAGUUGCCAAGAGGUAAUUUGGAAGCAAUUCAUCCCAGGGUCCUUUGCUUAGAAAUGGUAGGUGAUCUGCUGGACAGAAAGCAAUACCACCUGGCAAUGGAUUUAGUCCGUAAACAGAGAAUAAAUCUUAAUAUAAUUUGUGAUCAUGAUGUGUCACAAUUUCUAUUGCAUCUUAAAGAUUUCCUAAAGCAAAUCAAGCCUCAGUGGUUGAAUUUGUUUUUAACAGAUUUGCAAAAUGAAGAUUUUACCCUCACCAUGUAUUCGAGUAAUUAUUCCAAUUCGGCGCGUAAGUACCCAGAAAACUUUCGCAUUGAAAACAAAGUAGCAUAUAUUUGUGAUGCUCUGUGUAAGGAAAUGUGCGCAGAAGGACUUAAUCAUUUCCUUCUGCCUAUUAUAACGGCGCAUGUAAAAAUUGGUAACAUCGAAAAAGCCUUAGAAAUAAUAUGGGAAGAGAGAAAGAAAGAAGGCGAUGUAAGUGCUGACGAUGCUUUGAAGUAUCUUCUUUAUUUGGUGGACGUGAAUCAAUUGUAUGAUGUGGCCUUAGGAAUGUAUGAUUUCGGAUUAGUUCUUAUGGUUGCAAAGCGGUCACAGAAGGAUCCCAGAGAGUUUUUGCCUUUCCUUAAUGAAUUAAAAGUACUCGAAGAAAAUUAUAGGAAAUUUAAAAUCGAUUUCCAUCUAAAACGAUUUGCUAAAGCUCUUUGCCAUAUAAGUCUUUGUGGUGACGAGAGAUUCGAAGAAGCUUUAGGUUUGGUAAAAACGCACAAUCUGUAUAGAGAUGCUUUGUCGGCUUAUAGAGGAAAUACGAUUUGUUAUAAGAAAAUAGCUCAAGCUUAUGGCGAUUAUUUGCGAGAGAAUGGAAAGUUUGAGAAUGCAAGUAUAAUGUACGAGAGGGCUGGUUUACUGAAUCAAGCUGUGACUUGUGCCCGUCAUAUUUUGGAUUGGCAACGUUGUCUGGCAUUAACGAAAAUUGAAGGAAUCUUUCCGCAAGAAGUUGCAAUGUCGCUGGUGCCAUCGUUAAUGGAACAUGGGAGACACGAAGAGGCAUAUGAAUUGCUAAAAAAAUAUGGAAAUAAUUUUUCGGAAGGAAUCUCAUGUUUGAUGAAGGGCAAUUUAUACUUGCGAGCAAUUUUUGAAUCCAAAAUAGAAAAUGCUGAUUUGUUGAAUACCAUUAUAAUACCAGACUUGCUGUCGUAUAAAGAAACACUUGCAUCAAAUUUAAAUGCAGACAAAGACCUCUUUCUUAAGCAAAAAUCCCGUUUGCUUUAUAUUAGAGAAAAAAAAUCCAAAGAAAAUACAUCCGAUGACUUGGACGAUAGUGGUCAAAUCGACGAAAGCGAUUUGCUAUCCGAUACAACAAGUAUGCAUUCGUCCAGAUACACAGCCAGUUCCCGGGGCACAGGAAAAACAUUUCGAUCGAGUAAAAACCGCAGGAAGCAUGAAAGGAAGCUGCUCAGUUUGAAGGAAGGCAAUCCAUUUGAAGAUAUUGCUUUAAUUGAUGCACUACAUAAUCAUAUAAUCAAGGUUUAUGAACAACAAGCUCAUGUUCGAGACACUUGUAAGGCUCUGCUAGAAGUUUUCGAAGAUGACCACGCACGUCAAAUACAGAGUCAAUAUAGAGCACUUUUGAUUCUUCUUAAGGAUUCCUUUGACGAAAUUUGGAUUCCGGAAGUAAUGACAACAGCUCAAUAUAUCACUGGACCGAAUAUAGAUUAUGCGGCUUUACAGAACGAACAGCGUUAUGCCAUGAUAAAUCCUUUGAAGCGUUUUAAACCAGAGCCCAAAAUAAUAGAUUGGCAACACGAAGUCCUGAGAUAAAAUUCGUGGAGUUUUUUUUAUAAAGUUGUGAUGAAUUUAAUAAACCAUGAAAUUCAAUCAAAUGAAUAAGAUAUAUUAAAAUGUUUUCUUUAUCGCCUGAAUUACCGUAAAACAACACACAUGCUAGCUCUACAUGCAUAAAUAUGACUAUCGUAUGUAGCUUCGAAGCAAGAAUAUAGAAAUGAGCAAGAAGAAGAAGAAGAUGUCUCAAAGAUUUGC